AUGUUGGAAGUAGCACUAUUUAAAGAAAAAAAUAAUGUUGUCGCUGCAAUUCAAAGUAUUCCAUUGUCGGGAAGAAGUAAUACAAGAAGAACCGAAAUUUUAGCUGCUGACAACAAAAGCACUCUACUUGAACUUAUGCAAAAGGUACCUUGCUACGCCAUAGCACUUGAUAAAUCAUGUGACAUUGUUGAUUAUGAACAAACGUCUAUUUUCUUGAGAUUUUUUGACAUUGUAACAUGCAUAGGUUUAUGGUCAGAUGUUCAGGCAAGAAUUGCUCACAAUAUUGCCGUUAAAAGGAACGAAUUUUCUACAAGAUUCCAAGACUUUGGAAAGGCGGAGAAGUUGUCUCAAUUCCUUAAAUCGCCUUAUGAAGUGGGUGCAUCGGCAGAAUGGACUGAUGUGGCUGCUAAGUUGUUCAGUCCUUCACUUCAAAUAAAAAUAAUUGAUUUGCAAGAAGGUAUUUCCUUGAAAAUGUUUAAAACUGCAUCGACUGAAGAAUUUUGGGGUGAACAUAUUUGA